AUGGAUUGUAGUAUAUCACAGACAAAUACAAUGUUACCAUCUUUACAUCAAUCAUGUUCACCAGAAAUUCAUCAAGCCAAUGAUAUUGGGAAUAGACCGUCAAGUGUCGACUGUUUCUCUACUGAAGGGUCCGAUCAUCCUCUAGCCUUGUGUUUGCCCAGUUCACAAACAUUAGUUCAGGCUUCCCGAACACCCCCUCCACCUUGGACCCUUCCAACAAAGAAAGGAACCCCUGGAUUGAUAUGCGUUGUUUGUGGUGAUACAAGCAGUGGUAAACAUUAUGGAAUUUUAGCUUGCAAUGGUUGUUCUGGAUUCUUCAAAAGGAGUGUGAGAAGAAAACUCAUCUAUAGAUGCCAAGCUGGGACAGGAAGAUGCAUUGUUGACAAGGCACAUAGAAAUCAAUGUCAAGCAUGCAGAUUGAAAAAAUGUCUUACCAUGGGAAUGAACAAAGACGCUGUCCAAAAUGAAAGACAGCCAAGGAAUACAGCAACCAUUCGUCCAGAAACAUUGAGAGACAUGAGUGCAGAACAAGAAAGAGCUCUACGAGAAGCAGCAGUGGCAGUUGGAGUUUUCGGGCCACCAGUAUCACUAAGUAUGGCACUUUCUCCAAGUAGGUAUACACAAAAUUUGUUACCCGGUGUACCUCCCCCAUCACUUUCAACUAGAGCACCCUCACCACCAAAGGAGAGUAGUGACAAUGACGAAGAGAGUAUUGACGUCACGAAUGAAGAAGAUGAUGCCCCAACUUCAGGAUGCGGUGUUUCUUCUAGUAGUGGGCCACUGAGACCAGAGCCACAAAACCUAGGCAACUUGUCCGGAAUUUAUCCAGGAACGCAUGAGACCAUUUAUGAAACUUCAGCAAGACUUCUUUUCAUGGCAGUCAAAUGGGCUAAAAAUUUGCCAAGUUUUGCUAGUUUGCCUUUUAGAGACCAGGUCAUACUCCUCGAAGAAUCCUGGAGUGAAUUAUUCUUAUUGAACGCAAUUCAGUGGUGCAUGCCAAUUGAUGUUGCAGUGUGUCCCUUGUUCAACAUCAGUGAACACACUAAAUACGGAAAUAGUGUUACCGAUGUGAGAUAUCUAGCAGAUACAUUAAUCCGAUUCAAAGCUGUUCACGUGGACCCGGCUGAAUUUGCCUGUUUGAAAGCCAUUGUUCUUUUCAGAGCAGAAACAAGGGGUCUGAAGGAUCCAAGUCAGAUAGAAAAUCUUCAAGAUCAAGCUCAAGUAAUGUUGUGGCAACAUUGCAGAACUCAACUUCCAGGGCAAGUUGCCAGAUUUGGAAGACUUCUCCUAAUGUUACCUCUUUUACGGAUAGUACCACCCUCUCGAGUAGAGGCUGUUUUUUUUCAAAAAACUAUCGGAAAUACACCUAUGGAGAAAGUUUUGUGUGAUAUGUAUAAAAAUUAAAAAACAAUUACAUUUAUUUAUUUACAUUGCGCUGUUAUCGAAUUAAUUAUUUCUUCAUCAACCAUAGACAUGAAUAUAUUAUGUAAUCUGUUUUGUAGAAUAAAUAAUACUCGCAUUGAAUUUAAUGUUAGAGCAAUAAAAAUCAUUGGAAAAUAAUUCAUUAUUAUCAUAAUUAGAGAACACUUGUACGCCUCACAAGUAAAUCCACAUUGUCCAUAGAUCCACAUUUGUGGUAUAUCCACAUUGCCUGUAGAUCUGGUUACCAUAUAAAGAAUAAUAUAAUCCGAAUUUUCAGAAUU